AUGGUGGAGAGGGACCAAGGGAUGGAGAAGAACCAGAUGAUGGGGAGGAGGGAGGUGAUGAACAAGGAGAUGGGGAAGAACAAGGUGAUGGGGAGGAACCAGGUGAUGGGGAGGAACCAGGUGAUGGGGAAGAACAAGGUGAUGGGGAAGAACAAGGUGAUGGGGAGGAACCAGGUGAUGGGGAGGAACCAGGUGAUGGGGAAGAACCAGGUGAUGGGGAAGAACCAGGUGAUGGGGAGGAAGCAGGUGAUGGGGAAGAACAAGGUGAUGGGGAGGAAGCAGGUGAUGGGGAGGAACAAGGUGAUGGGGAGGAACCAGGUGAUGGGGAGGAACCAGGUGAUGGGGAAGAACCAGGUGAUGGGGAAGAACCAGGUGAUGGGGAGGAACCAGGUGAUGGGGAGGAACCAGGUGAUGGGGAAGAACCAGGUGAUGGGGAAGAACAAGGUGAUGGGGAAGAACAAGGUGAUGGGGAGGAAGCAGGUGAUGGGGAGGAACAAGGUGAUGGGGAGGAACCAGGUGAUGGGGAGGAACCAGGUGAUGGGGAAGAACAAGGUGAUGGGGAGGAACCAGGUGAUGGGGAGGAACAAGGUGAUGGGGAGGAACCAGGUGAUGGGGAGGAACCAGGUGAUAGAGAAGAACCAGAUGAUAAAGAGAAACCAAAGGAACCAGGUGAUGGGGACAAACCAGGUGAUGCAGAGGAACCAGUUUCUGUGCCCCAGUGGCACCAGCAGGACCCAGCUCUGCCUGGCCCCCAAAUCCCCAGGGGAGAAGACACGCUACGACACCUCUCUGGGGCUGCUCACCAAGAAGUUCCUCCGUUUGCUGAGCGAGUCCCCUGACGGGGUGGUGGACCUGAACAGGGCAGCUGAGGUGCUGGAGGUCCAGAAGAGGCGCAUCUACGACAUCACCAACGUGCUGGAGGGCAUCCGGCUCAUCAGCAAGAAGUCCAAGAACAACAUCCAGUGGAUGGGGACGGGGGUCUUGGAGGACACCGCGGUGAAGGCCCCCUCUUUUUCCUAUGUGUCCCUGUCCACGCUGGCAUAUGUGACCUACCAGGACCUCUGUGCCAUCAGCAACUUCCAGGAGCAGAUGGUGAUCGCCGUGAAGGCUCCUCCAGAGACACAACUGGAGGUGCCAGAAUUCAGGGAGGACAACUUCCAGCUCCACCUGAAGAGCACCAACGGCCCCAUCGAGGUGUAUCUGUGCCCAGAGGAGGUCACAGAGAGCAGCCCCACCAAGGACCCUGCUGGCCCCUCCACCUCCCCACAGCACCAUCCCGGACCCCCAGCCCUGCCCAACACCCCCAAGCCAGCCCCACAGCCACCCCACCCUGCCCUCCAGAGCUGGGGGGGCACAGGAACCCCCUCCUCACCCCCAGCUCUGCCUCUCACCGUGCCGGGGGGGCCCAACUCGCUGCUGGAGGUGGAAACUGGGCUCCUGGGCUCCCCCCAACACCUCCUGCAGCAGACAGAGGACCAGCUGCCCUGCACCCCCUCCCACCUGGACUUGGGACCUUUUGUCACCUUCUCACCCCCCCUGGAACAGGACGACUACCUCUGGGGGCUGGAAGGGGAGGGGGUCAGUGACCUCUUCGAGACGUACGACCUGGGGGACCUGCUGAAGUGGUCCCUGGUCCCAGCAUUCAGCCUCCUGUGGCUGUGA